UCCAAGCACACAGAACAUCAAUACUCAUCGUCAGCGGAACGGGCACAUCUUGAGCCUGUUAGUCUACAUUCCCGGCGGCAAUAGCCAUUGUUCCAGGCUCGAAAACUUGGUUGGUUCCAUUCGAUUGCAGUUUUCGUGUCCUCCACGCCACGAGCAACUUCCCUUUUUUGGCGCAUAAUCCGAGAGAAAAAGUGACUUUUUUUUUCCACGAAUCGGCAACCAAAGAGUGACGAUCAAUAGCGCCAUCCACCUUGUCCUCGUUUGUGUACCAUCUCUCUCGUUUUAGCUUGUUUCGUCGCACCAUCAUCAGCUUGUGGUGGUCCAUGAAGAAGUAAUUUUCUCUCCCUCAACCUUCUCGUGCGUCCCAUGGACCGCAUUGUUUGCUCCUCUACGAGACCGAGUCUACGUGUACGCAGUUGCUGCAGCGGACCUCUUUUUGCUUAUUAUGACUAUGAUGUGCUCGGCUUGUUUGCUGGAGCCAGGAAUCCUUGUAAGUGAAGUGUGGAACAACUGGAACGAGCCUAAUGGUUCUUCGUCAGUGCCUCCAAAGGCUUCGACGUGAGUUCAACCUACUCAUAUGGCAGUGAAAUCCAGUUUAACCGCUCCUCCGGCCAACCUGGUGGACCUCAAGGUCGCGGAAAAGCGAAACAUCAGAAACUGCAUUGGCAACAAAAAUGGGCAGUCCUGAGAGGAAAUUGAUGGUCGAUUUGGAGGGAAAUGAAGCUCAAGGAAGACGAAAAGCCCACAAACAUGGGAACUCACUUGGAUCGAGCCGAUCGUGUCCGGACCUGACUGCCAAUGGAUUCCAAAUCGACUGUGGCACUCCAUUAGAAGAGGAUAAUCAGGCUCAAAGGGCUUGGGAACUCUUAAAGUCACCCGACCAUCUAUCAAUUCAUUACGGUGGCCCUGAAUUUGGUGCCUGUGGGGAAGAAAGAGCCAGAAGAACCCGACGAGGCUGGGGCGGAUGGGCGAAAUCCAGUUGGCCGCGGGGCCAAGCUCAUUUCGACCAUUUAUCUUGCUCUGACAAGUUGGUGUCGGCCGGAGAAGGGGCCGCCAACACACCAGCCCGUGCAGACUUCCUCUCCUUGGGCAUAUCAUCACCUUCACCGACUGAUCACUAUCGUCAGGCUUGGCCGAGUGGAACUGAUCCCGGAACAAGUGUGCCAGUGGUGGAACUCGACAUUGGGGCGGAGUCUGCCGUAUAUUCCAAUGAGAUUAGAGCCGAGGCCUGGUCGGAUCCGUCCUUAAGAAGUGAUACAUCGGAAGCCCGGAUCCUCCUUGUCACGGGAUGUCUGCUGUGGAUGCCCGUCCUUUGUCUUGGCCCUCUCCUUCCCUCCAUUUAUCCCAUUCUAGUGGGCAUUGAGUGGCCCCCCAGAGAUAACUGGAUAAAGUUGUCGUCAUCAGAAGAUGUGGCAGCCGUUCCAUCUCAUCCUUCGAAUCUCGUAUCUCCGUCGAUGCUCUUAUCGUGUCUUUUCUUCUCAGCUGCAGUAUUCUCAUCCUUAUUCUGUGGGCGUCGCCAUUGCCAAGGUUUCCUUCUGAUGGGAACUCUCGCCCUACACCCUUUCAUUGGCCUUCAUUAUAACAACGCAGGGGCCAGGGCCAGUGUCCUGAUCCUAAACUAUCUCAUUUUGGGUGGCUUAGCUUUAGCCAUGAUCGAGACCGGACAGUUGACUUGGCUCAUGGAUCUACAGUCUCCAAAAGUCAGACGAGGACGAGAACGGGGACGAAGACCUAGAAAAACACUCGUAAUGCAGCAUUAUCUCAUUUCACGUCAAGGCCUUGGCCACAUUCUCUGCGGACUAGUUAUUACAUUGACUUUGUGGGCUUCCUCCACUGUUCAUGGAAAUGCUGCCAAUUCUCAGGGGCGUCUUCUUGGGCCCUUCCCCGAGCAAAUACCAUCCAUCCGCGACGCGUUGCCAACAAACCGGUCCAUUCAUCCGGCGAGUACAGGGACGAUUGGUCACUUUGCUCGCAAGAGGGUCCUAUCGACACCUUCCUUCAAAACACAUCGUCUUUGGAGCACUUUUGUUUCGCUUGGUUGUGGCUGGAACACUCUAUUGGGUUGUUGCCUCAUUGCAUCCGGGUGUGCCACGGUUUUGAGCGUUUUAGGUGCAAUUUGUUCACGGACCAUUGAGUCACACUCCGAAGGCCACCGACAGUUUACCCAAGGGAUGAAGAAAAAAUGGGAAAAAGAGUCCGUUGGGAACUUCUCAUUUUACCCCGUUCUCAGAGGCGUCUUCAACGCCUCCACCCAAGCCUUGUGUGGUAACCCGCUAUGGAACAUGAUCAGACAUCUCGGCCUUCUACAGGGUUUCUUCUACUUGAAUUUCCUCAAGCCCACAAUCCUGGUAAGCCUAGACCAAUACCAUCUUGGACCAAUACUAAUGGUUUAUGGUACAUCUCAGACUUUGGUACUGUGGAUGCUUGGGCAUUUAGCCGAGUCAUCCAUUCCUUGGCGGUUCCCUCUCAUGGGAGUGAACACGUUGUUCCAUAUUGGAUUGGUGUGGCUCACGUCGUCUCUGAGGUUUCAAAGUGGGUUCAACGAUUUCCUAAAGUUCUACGCUUUGUCAUUCGUCUGGGGAUUCGUUUCCGCGAGCUGGGACUUCAUAACUCUGACUCAUUUCCAUAGGAGAUAUUUUCACCAUUCGUCCAAAGAAGAAGAAUUAGAUCGUAUUGCAUCCAUAUCUAACAUGAUCACCAACAAGUUUUUCGGAUUAACUGUGAUAUCCCUAUAUGACGUCUAUUUCAAUUCUAAUACUCAUUAUGGAAUCCGGAAUGAGGUCCUCAUAAUAUAUUUGGUUGGUCUUCUAAUAGCUGUGAUAAGCUACAUUUGCACGGAGAUAAAACAACAAGAGACUCAACAUCCUGUUGUAAAAUACGCCAAAACAUCAGAUGAUAUCAUCCAGCCUUUGUCCCCUGAUUCUAGAAGUAAUCAACAAAAUAAAAUAACGCAUCAUCAUUUAUGAAUAAAUAUCAACUAUGGAGAAUGAAAUCAUCUAGUCAGUAGGAAUAUAUUUUGCUGUUAUCAUGAACAGUAACGUGACUUGCAAGGAGUGUAUAUUCAUUCUUCGGGAUUGUGUGACAGUCUAAAUGACAAUAAAUAAACUCAAGCAGG